GUACUUAGAAGCAGCAUCGACAAGACUGUCACAAUUUUGUUGGUCAUCUUUAUUCGCUAAAACAUUUAUUGUAAUUCUCUACAGAUUAAUUUCGCAAUUAUUUGUGCGUUUAAUAUAAUAAAACGAUUUCAACAUGAAUAUGGAACAAGUGCGCAAUGUGCCAAAAGGUGGUUUUAAUUUUGACAACUGCAAAAGAAAUGACAUGCUGCUUGGCUCCGGUUUCCAACAGCCAAAGACGGUAAAAACCGGCACCACAAUUGCUGGUAUCAUAUACAAGGACGGCGUAAUUCUAGGCGCAGAUACACGAGCCACCGAAGGACCAAUUGUGUCGGAUAAAAAUUGCUCCAAAAUUCACUAUCUUGCUAAGAAUAUGUACUGCUGUGGUGCUGGUACUGCUGCCGAUACGGAAAUGACUACCGAUCUGAUUGCUUCACAAUUGGAAAUGCACCGCUUAAAUACAGGCCGUCAAGUACCCGUUGUGGCAGCCAACACAUUGUUGAAACAAUUUUUAUUCCGUUAUCAGGGUCACAUUAGCGCUGCACUAGUACUUGGCGGUGUUGACAAGACUGGCUCAUACAUUUACUGUAUACAUCCACAUGGUUCAACCGAUAAACUACCCUAUGCCACAAUGGGUUCGGGCAGUUUGGCGGCAAUGUCGGUGUUCGAGUCACGUUGGAAGCCCGAUAUGACAGAAGAAGAGGGUAAAUUACUUGUACGUGAUGGUAUUGCGGCUGGUGUCUUCAAUGAUUUAGGUUCCGGUUCCAAUAUUGAUUUAUGCGUUAUACGCAAAGAUUCUGUCGAUUAUUUGCGCAACUAUGAACUGGCCAACUUGAAGGGCAAAAGACAUGGUGAUUAUCGUUUUAAGCCUGGCACAACUGAACUGGUCGGUACAGCAGAAAUAAUCGAAGUUGUACCAUUUGAAGCUUUCCACAAAAAGUUGUAUGGUGAUGAAAUAACUGAAGCUAUGGAAGUUGGUGCAUAAUCUAUGUAGCAGCACCGUAUGCAUGUAGAAACAUACGAAAACAAUUGAAGUCUUGGUUUUUGCAAAUAAAAUAGUUUUUAAAUUA